AUGUCGAUCCACGUAACUCAACAUCCCAAACACGUCGCUAUCAAUAGAGGUGAAAAUGUGAAGUUCUCCUGCGCCUUGUCUUUCACCACGAGUUUGAGAAUAUACUGGUGGAAGCAGGGAGAGAGUGAAUACCUGGCAGGUGAUCACAAGAAAGUAUUUGGUUUGGAAAAUACAGGAAGCGCCUUCUUCAAGCUCCUGGAUGCAGCUCUCCAAGACUCUGGAAUUUAUUACUGUACAGUCGUGACUCAGGGAAAUAUAACAGUAGAUGGAGCUGGAUCACAUUUAACUGUCUGUGUGCCCCCAAUUGUACUGAAGCUUUCCUCUAAUGCUCCUCAAAAAGAUUCAUCUCCAUUUCUGACUCUCUUGUGUGAAACAACCGCAUUUUAUCCAGAGAAUGUCACCUUCACUUGGUCUAAAAACAGCACCGAAAUUACAACUGGGAUAAUCACCACUAAUCAAUUGAAUGCAGAGGGAUUGUUUGAAGCUUCCAGCUGUAUGGAGGAGACACAGUCUGUCCAGAAUGGGACUGUUUAUACCUGUCGGGUGUUUCACCUCAGCCUCCAGACUCCGGGAAUUGGCAACUACACGGUUCACCUUCCCAACAUAGAAGAAAAGGAUCGGUUGCUAUAUCUAUCACUGAUCGCUGGAUGUACAGUGGGGCUGUUUUUUUUGGUGCUUUUAGUAUUCUUUGGAAAUCGAUCCAAAUUUAUGAAAAUGAAAGGGGUACACAGGAAACAGAAUGAUCCAGACCAUCAUAACCAACAGGCAAUGCAAGGAGGAGAUGCUGAGACGGUGACUUAUAUCACACUGGAUUUGAAAAGUUCCAAUAAACUUUCAAGACCUAAACAUCAGGAGGACAGGACAGUGUACGCCAAGAUCAAACAAAAGGCAGAAGAUGAUAAGCAGGUAUAUGCUACUUUGGAGUUUUCUGGCCCGGAGACAGUAGGAAAACCUAAGAAAAGCAACCCAAAUAUAGAGUAUACCGCAGUGCAGACCAUGCAAGGGGCAGCUGGUAACAACCUCACAUAUGCUACUCUUCAUUUUUCUGACUCCAAGACAACACAAAAAAUAUUCACCGUGAAGUAAAUGCAGUGUAUACCGAGAUACAGGCUAAUCAAGGGGCAGCUUAGCAGCUGACAUAUGAUGCUUUAGAAUUUUCUGCCUCCAAGAAAACAGGAAAAUCUGAACACGAUGACAAGAAUACAGAGUAAGCCAAGUCAUGGGCAAGAAAAUCGAAAGGAGCAAUAGAGGCCAUCUUGAUGAAACAGGAUCCACAAUGAUAUGUUUGGAAGCUGAUUAGUGUACAGUACAAUGUUAGUCAUUCCAUACAAUGUGGAGUAAUGAAUUGCAUCCGUCAAACACAACUGUAGUUACAUGUGGGCUUUAAAUAUUUUAGGUGGUUUCUUGUAGAAAAGUAAUCCUUCUUAAAUUUAUUUUUGGAUUUAAGUACUAAUGAUGUUUUAUAUUUAUCUGAUAAUGUCAUUAGACCUAUCUGGCGAAUUUUUUAAUUCAGAAAUGGUCAUUUAUACCACAAUAAACAAUCCUCAAAAACACAAACCAUAAUCAGCUUAAAUAAGUUU